CAACAGUCACACUGCAGCUAGACUUUGGUCUCGCUUCUAUCAAUUGGACAUGGUGAGUGAUACAUAAAUGCGCGAAAGAGGGAGCUCUUGUGUCUUCCUGACUUUACAGAAAUGGAGACUCAGCCUUUGCAGGACUUCCAGGACUUCCAGGACUUGUGUACCUUUGAGAGUUUUAAGAGUUUCUGGCACUAUUAUGGUUACGGCGUUGAUCAACAAGAGCUGAUAGAUCGGGAAUUUAAACGGAUUAAAGGUGUUACAUACCUUGAUCAUGCAGGGACCACGCUAUUUCCUGAAUCUCAGAUUAAAGAAUUUUAUGAUGACAUAUCUAGAAAUGUUUAUGGCAAUCCUCACAGUCAUAAUCCCAGCAGUAGGCUAACACACGACACUGUGGAAAGUAUCAGAUACAGGAUACUGGAACAUUUUAAUACAUGUCCUGAAGAGUACUCAGUGAUUUUCACUUCAGGAUGUACUGCAGCACUGAAAUUAGUGGCGGACACUUUCCCCUGGAAGGCCGUGUCAAAAGAAGAGCCUGGAAGUCAGUUCUGCUUCCUCACUGACAACCACACCUCUGUGGUGGGCAUCCGCGGCGUGACCGCACUCCAGGGAGUUGGCACAGUUUCUGUUCUACCUCACCAAGUGGAAGCAAGAGCAAAAAAAACCCAGACUCGGACAAAUGGAGAGGAGGAGUGUUCUACACCUCACCUUUUCUGUUAUCCCGCCCAGAGUAACUUCUCUGGCAGAAAAUAUCCCCUCAGCUACGUGAAAGGAAUUCAGUCUCAACAGCUCUAUCCAGCAUGUGAGCACCGUGGUCGAUGGUUUGUUCUCCUCGACGCUGCCUGUUUUGUAGGGUGCUCUCCUCUGGAUCUAAGCCAGUAUCCCGCGGAUUUUGUGCCAAUAUCUUUCUACAAAAUGUUUGGCUUCCCGACUGGACUCGGAGCCUUGCUGGUGAGGAAUGAGGCUGCUAAGGUCUUGAGAAAAAGUUACUUUGGAGGAGGGACAGCAGCAGCGUAUCUUGUAGAAGAGAACUAUUUUGUACCAAAGCCAAAUGUAGUCAGCAGGUUUGAGGAUGGCACAAUCUCCUUCCUUGACAUUAUUUCUCUCCAUCAUGGUUUUGAAACGCUUCAGAAACUUACAGGGAGUAUGGUGAACAUUCAGCUUCACACAUUUGGUUUGGCUCGCUACACCUAUAUUAUCCUCUCGUGCCUGUGUCAUAGCAAUGGAAAACCUGUGGCACAGAUCCACUGUGAUAGCGACUUUCAGAAUAUUGCAGAACAGGGUGCAAUUCUCAACUUUAGUCUACUGGACUGUCACGGACAAACAGUGGGGUAUUCUCAGGUGGACAAAAUGGCCAGUCUCUUCAACAUUCAUAUUCGUACAGGCUGUUUCUGCAACACAGGAGCCUGCCAACAUUAUUUGGGUAUCAGCAACCAAAAUGUGAAGAAUAAUUUGCAAGCCGGUCAUGUCUGUGGCGACAACAUUGAUCUGGUUGACGGACGUCCCACAGGAUCCAUCCGUGUGUCUUUUGGAUAUAUGUCCAGUUUUGAGGACUGUCAGAACUUUCUUCGGUUUGUUGUGAAUUGUUUUGUGAACAAACCACUAAUCCUGGACCAAAAGAGAAUAACCAGGUUGAAGUCAGCUGCACCGCUGGAGUCAUCAGCAUCUUAUCACCUGUCAUCAAUAACUAAUGGUCAACUAGGGCAUGAGAUUGAGCAAGUAAUCACCCCUUCACCUGAGAGAAUAACAACACCAUCUGAAGGCACUGUGUCAAAAGAAGGAAAGAACAACGACAUUAGCCAUACUCUGACCAACCUCUUUAUCUACCCUGUCAAAUCAUGUGCAUCAUUUGAGGUGACAGAGUGGCCACUGGGACCACAGGGUUUGUUGUAUGACCGUUUGUGGAUGGUUGUGAAUGAGAAUGGGGUUUGUCUGAGCCAGAAACGGGAGCCAAAACUGUGUCUCAUCCGACCUAUCAUCUGUCUGGCCUCCAACACACUGCAGCUGCAGGUCUCAGGCAUGGAAGCGGUCGCUGUACCCUUGGAGACCAGUCUAGAGAAUUCAGAUCUAAGAACAUCCCAAAGCAAAGUUUGUGGUGACAGGGUUCAGACAGUGGAUUGUGGGAAGGAAGUUUCAGCCUGGCUUACUGAGUUUCUGGGAAAACCUUGUCGUCUUAUAAGGCAGAGACCGGAAUUCCUGCGUGAUAUGAAAUUUGGACGAGGGAAAUCCUGUUGUCCCACUGCUCUCUCUCUGGUGAACGAGGCACAGUUUCUGCUUAUUAACAAAGCCAGUGUGUCUUAUCUACAAGAGCACAUUGCCAACAGGCACGAUAGUGAGAAUGAAGGAAUGGAGCAGCUCAUUCAGCGUUUCAGGGCGAAUCUGGUCAUCUCGGGACAGGAGCCGUUUGCAGAGGACGACUGGUCUCACUUGACAGUUGGAGGCACCCAGUUUCAGGUGAUGGGCAGAUGUGGCCGUUGUCAGAUGAUUGGAGUUGAUCAAAAAUCAGCCACUAGGACCCAGGAACCCCUUAGGUCGCUUUCUGAAUGCAGAAGUGGAAAAGUGACUUUUGGUGUCUACUUGGCUCACCAAUCAGCAAGGAACUCCACUGCUGUCUCCAUCUUAUCCAUAGGGGACCAUGUUAUUCCACGGAUAUCAGAAUCAACUGAGAAACUUUAACAGUUUUUGUCAUUUUAGUUUGAUUUUUAAACUGUGAUAAGAGCUACAUUUUAAUGAAAUUUGAAUGCAUUUUA